UUAUUACUCACAGUAGGACUGAUAGUGUUUGUUACGCGACCACGCCCGAGCUCUAUGGAGAAGCAGGUUGAAGGUGAAGGCAUGCUGCUGGGCAUGGGAAACCCACUGCUAGACGUUGCCGCUGUCGUCACAAAGGAAUUCCUAGACAAGUAUGAAUUGCUGCCGGACAAUGCGAUACUUGCUGAUGCAAAGCAUAAGGACAUCUUUGAGGACAUGCACCAAUUUACAGAGGUGGAGUUCACACCAGGGGGCGCCACUCAGAACACACUGAGGACUGCACAGUGGAUGACCGGCUCGCCGGAGUUUGCGACCCUCUUCUUCGGCUGUAUAGCCAAGGACAGACACGGCGACAUCAUGACCAAGGCGAUGAAGGAAGGGAGCGUGAAAACCGUCUACCAGAUCAACGGCAGCAACAGCGAACCCACGGGAACAUGCGCAGUCUGCAUCACCGGCAAUAACAGGUCGUUGGUCGCGAACCUAGCUUCGGCUAACUGCUUCACUAAGGCGCACCUGGACGACAAAGCGAACUGGGCGCAUGUCGAGAGAGCAAAGCUUGUGUACACUGCCGAGGCUGAAGCAUUCUCUGAAGCUCAGGGAUUCGGGACCAAGGAUGUGAAGGAAAUUGCACUGAAGGCUGCAAGCUUGCCAAAGCACAAUUCCAAGCGUAGUAGAACUGUGGUUAUAACACAGGGUGCAGAGCCAACCAUAAUUGUUGAAGGUGGCAAGCUCACUGAGUAUGCAAUCAUUCCUAUAGAGAAGGAGAAGAUCGUAGACACAAAUGGAGCGGGAGAUGCCUUUGUAGGAGGUUACCUGUCACAGCUGAUGCUGGAGCGAUCGACGGAGCAGUGUGUGCGCGCCGCUAACUACGUCGCCAACCUCAUCAUCCAGCGUCACGGAUGCACCUUCACCGAGAAGUGCGUGUACGAAUAACGUCGGUCGCCAUGGCGAUGCGCCGUCGUCCGUGGUGGCGCCACCGGUGGCCAUUCCAUUCACAGGGGGCGUGAGCGUUGUCGUUCACGUGGAGGUCCGACUCGUAAUGACGCUUACGUGACGGCGCAGUGGGAUGGUCGUGUGAGGGCGCCACUGUGCAGUGGGAUGCUCGUGCGAGGGCGCCACUGUGCAGUGGGAUGGUCGUGUGAGGGCGCCACUGUGCAGUGGGAUGGUCGUGUGAGGGCGCCACUGUGCAGUGGGGCAUGUCG